GAUGAAUAAAUGUAAGCGUGCUGGGUUCUGCUAAAGCCUAAAAUAAAUCUUUACUAUUAUUCCCAUGGGGAAAUUAAAUUAAAUUUAUGGACAGGCCAGCUCUUGGGACUUUGUAAGCAACAUUGGUUUUGUGGUAUGUUUGCCCUAUAGCCUUCCCUACCACAGUCAACUUUUACUGUUUCAACCAGAGAGGAUCUCCCACAGUGAAGAAAGCCAUAAAUCAGCUAAUAUUAGCAGGCUGCUCGCAAACCUUUUGAUUGGUUCAAGUUACUCGUCCAUCAGGCGCCAAGUAUGUAGGGUGCAGGCUGUCAGGGAAAAACCACAGCAGUGUCUUUGACUUGCACAAUAAUGUGCCCGUGGAAGAAUUUGGUUGGCAUUCUCUUUGGCGUGUCACUUUGUCUCCCACGUGCCUUGUCUUCUGGAAGGUUCAUCAGGACGCCGCUAAAUAAAGAUCUAACGGACCAAGACAUCAGAAAGGAGGUGGAAAAGGCACUUGAGCAGAUGGACAAGCCCACCUUCCCAGGGUGGCACCCCGAUGGGGUCAAACAGGCAGUCCCCAGACUUCACCUUGGUUUGGUUGAAAUGUGGCUUCACUUGAGGAAUGUUAAACAAGAACAAAACGAGAUGUUUAGGAGAACAAAGAGGAUCAUUAGAAGAACUUCUGCUUCUCUCCAAGAAGUGGGACAGAAGGUGUCAGAACUCAGUGACCACUUGCCCCCUAGGAUGGAGAUCAUUGAGCAACAAGUAGCCAGGAUUCAGGGGAAGGAGGAGAGCACAGAGCGGAGUCCCCAGCCUGGUUCUGCCAAUGGAACCCAGUUGUGCAAGACUGCAAAUCCCAUGCCGCUCCAUUUAAACCAAACCAACACCACGUGCCCAGAGGGCCAAAGGCCGGACAGGAACACGGCGUGUAAAACCCAAUGUGCGGGAAGCAAACUGGACAAAAUGGACCUUCACAAACUUGCCCGCAAAGUGGCCACACUGUCUGAGUUACUCAAUGGCCACAACGAGCUCUUGGUGGAACUGUAUGAAAGACUGACUGCACUGGAAAUACUGCAGAUCCCACAAGGAGGGGGAAUUCCUCCCACAUAAUAACAAACAUAUAGUUUUGCUGGAAGAAAAUUUAACUUUCCAAUAUACAUUUAUUAUGUUCAGUUCUCUACGUCGUGCGUAAAUGUAACAGCAAAUAAAGGCACUGUUUGUACUUUU